AUGAACGCUAUGCUGUGGUCAUACCCCUCCUCCGAGUUACAUAUAUCAGCGCAACAGGCGUUUCGUGUUUUCGUACCGUUGGACGAGGACCGCAUACCGCUAACAUGGAGGCUGAUACCUCAUUCCCUGGUGUACUUCGUACCCUUCCUCUGGAUGGCUUAUCUCGUUCGUAGAGCGCAUACCUACACCAUCCGCCUGUUCCUCCUGCCAAUCGUCAUCUCAACAACUAUCUAUUGCACUUACCGAUACAAGGUGCCUGAUCCAUAUUACACCACCGGCGACUGGGGUCGGACAUAUAUGGCCUUGGUCAUCAUAGCGAAGGCCCUAGACUUCGGCUUCGUGAAAGAUGGCAGGUUUAAGGUCGGAGAGGAGAGGCUGCCAGAGGUGUUUGAGUCAUCCAAGCCGCCUUCGAGUACGCCUACGAGCGAGGAUGGAAGCUAUUCUCUAAUACCGCAAGGAAUCCGAGAUGCCUUCGAGGUAGCCUUCACAAUGCGCGGAAUCGGCUGGGACUUCGGAGUAGGUCUUUACGUCCCCCCAGAUCCCCGCCCACAGGAGCGCGGCCCCUUCCUCAAAGCCACCGCGAGCAGCCUCCUCUGGCACUAUCUCAUCGUCGACAUCUGCAACUCGCUCCUCAAGCUCACCCCGGGCGUCGGCUCUCCGUCGGGCGGGUCGAUGUUCUACACCUCCCUCCCAAUCCCCCUCCGCUACGUCGUCUCCACUGGCAUCCACAUUGUCUGCGGGACGCUGCUCAUGUGCGGCAUGGACGCCGUGAACGAGCUGCUUACGCUCAUCUUCGUCGCGCUGUUCAGCCAGUCUCCCGCCGCGUGGCCGCCGAUUUCGCACGCCCCCUGGUGCUCGACGUCCCUGCAUGAGCUGUGGGGGCACCGCUGGCACCAGGCGCUCAGGUAUGUGUUCUUCGUGUUUGGCGGGUACGCCGGGCGGUGGCUUGCCGGCGGCGUGGGCAUGGUGUUCGGCACGUUCCUCGCGUCCGGUUUGUACCAUGAGAUUGGGAUGCGCAUGGUCGAUGGGCGUGUCACUUUUUGGUUCCUCCUCCAAGCAGUGGGGACGUUGAUCGAGACGAUGUAUACAAGACGUACGGGCAAGCGGGUCGAUGGCGUGGUCGGCUGGCUGUGGAUGGCGUUCUUCAUUUUUGGCUUGGGCCAGAUAUGCACUAAUUCAUGGUGCAUGCGAGGACUCAUGGGGGGCUUUAUCGUACCACAACACCUCAGCAUCACCAGGCAGGUGGUGUUCCCACUGCUGAAGCCUAUAUUGGCAUAG